AUGACUGAGACAGAAGAUGCUGCUGAAAUGCUGAUAGAUAGUGAGAAAGAUAAAGAUAAAGAAGUUGAAAAGGAGAUUCAUGAGUCUCCCAAUAGGGAGGAUAAGUGUUUACCUUCUAUUGGGGCUUCUGGUGGUAUUAUGAUUGGAUGGGAUAAUAAUAAAUGGAGGAAAAUUCAAGAUGCUGUGGUUGACUGGGAGCCCAAUGAUAUUGAAAUUCCUUUUUCUGAAGAGGAAGUUCAUAAAGCCAUUUUUGAUAUGAAUGGAGAUAAAUCCCCUGGUCCUGAUGGGUUUUCUGCCAUUUUUUUCCAAGUCUUUUGGGAGGUUGUGAAAUUGGAUAUAAUGAGACUUUUUGAGGAGUUUUAUGAAGGAAAACUGGAAAUUAAUAGAAUUAACUAUGCUCACAUUAUUCUUAUUCAAAAGAAAAAUGAAGCUAGUACAGUCAAUGAUUACAGGCCUAUCAGUCUUUUAAAUGUAAUUUACAAGAUUAUUACUAAGGUCUUGACCAAUAGGCUGAAUCCUAAGCUUGAGAUGCUUAUAGAUCCAAUGCAAUCUGGUUUUAUUAAAAAUAGAUUUUUGCUUGAUGGAGUUGUUGCAGCUCAAGAAAUCAUAGAUGACUGUUUUCAAAAUAAUAAAAAAGGAGGAAUUUUACUAAAAUUGGACUUUGCAAAAACUUAUGAUAUGUUAGACUGGAAUUUCAUUUUGGAGGUGUUGAAAGCAAAAAAAAUUGGUGAAAAAUGGAUUAACUGGGUAAAUAUGUGCUUAAAUAAAGGCAUGUCAGCUAUCAAAAUCAAUGAUAAACCAGGGAAAUGGAUUAUGUCCAAAAGAGGUGUUAGACAAGGAGACCCUCUUUCACCUUUGCUUUUUGUGCUAGCUGCUGAUACAUUUACUAGAAUGUUAUCCUUAGCAGUUGGAUCUCAACUUAUUGAAGGAUUAGGUCCAAUCAAUAUGACUCACAAGGUUUUUUGUCUUCAAUAUGCAGAUGAUACCUUGAUUUUUUGUUUAAAAUUAAAUUUUAAUAAGAGUGUCCUUAUAGCUCUUGAGAAUAAUGAAGAUCUUCAACAGAAUCUGGCCACUAUGUUGAAUUGUAAAAGUGGAAAAUUUCCUAUUACUUAUCUGGGUGUACCUUUAAGGCCUGGAAAGUUAAAAAAAGAUGAUUGUUCCCAAGUGGAGGUUGGAGAAGGAAAUCAAACUUUAUUUUGGCUUGAUAAAUGGUUAGAUUCACAUACUCUUGCAGCCAUAUAUCCAUCCUUAUUUGUUAAUACAUCCUUUCCUUUUGCUACUGUGAGUAGUAUGAGAAAGAAAGUUAAUGAUACCUGGAGAUGGGAUUUACAAUUUAAAAGACAAUUAACAGGGACUUUUGUGUCACAGUAUUUCUCUCUAAUGAAUUUACUUAAUUCCAUAUGUUUAGAGCAAAAAGAGGAUAAAAGAAAGUGGUUGUGGGAUCUGAAAGGGGAUUUCACAGUGAAAUCUUAUUAUCUUUUUUUAAUUGAUGGAGGUUUGAGAUGUGAUUGUGCAGAUAUAUGGAAGUUGCCUAUUCCUCUGAAAGUAAAAUUUCUUGUAUGGCUAGCUUUCAGGCAUGGUUUGAAUACAAAAGAUGUGUUGGAAAAAAAAGGAAUACAGUUAGAAAAAAUUUGUUGCUUAUGUUCAAAGCUGGAAGAAAGUCAUACGCACUUAUUCAUUAAGUGUGAGUUUGUUUACUCUAUAUGGAGAUCAAUUCUGUUCAAGCUGAAAAUUGAAGAUGGUUGUAAUUGGAAUUCUCUGAAAGAGAUGUGGCAUAAUUUGAAAGCAGGAGAGAUUGAUAAUGGCAAAAUGAAAAGAGAUGUCUUCAUUUGUUCUAAAAAAAUCUCUGCUCGAGCUAUCAGACUACAAGAAAGGAGGAGGAAAAGGAGUGCUGAUAGAAUGCAAGCUAUUGGUGCAGAUAGAAGACAGAACAGAGCCAUGGGUGAUGAGGUGAUCCAGCUAGAAUGA